GACAGUGAAUGCAUGGAAUUUACUGACUGGUGAGAAGUUGCGUGUGAACACCAACGCAGGAAACGAAUCAAUAAAAUACGCAUAAUUUAGCUAGCUACAACAUUUAUUUAUAUCUGCCAAAAAAAAGCAACAAUGAUGAACGGAGAGAUUAACGGUUUUCACAACUCCCUUAUCGACGAGGACUGCUUCCUAUUCACCUCGGAGUCAGUAGGAGAAGGACACCCUGAUAAGAUUUGUGACCAGAUCAGUGAUGCUGUGCUUGACGCCCAUCUCAAGCAGGAUCCUGAUGCUAAAGUUGCUUGUGAGACUGUUGCUAAGACUGGGAUGAUCCUGCUGGCAGGUGAGGUGACGUCGCUUGCUACAGUGGACUAUCAGAAGGUGGUUCGCGACACCAUCCGCCACAUUGGAUACGAUGACUCCUCUAAAGGUUUUGACUAUAAGACCUGCAAUGUGCUGGUGGCCCUAGAGCAACAAUCUCCAGACAUUGCCCAGGGUGUUCACAUUGACCGCAAUGAGGAGGAUGUUGGGGCAGGGGACCAGGGCCUGAUGUUUGGCUAUGCCACUGAUGAGACGGAGGAGUGCAUGCCCCUCACCAUUAUGCUUGCCCACAAGCUCAACGCUAAGAUGGCUGAACUGCGUCGCAAUGGCACCCUGCCCUGGCUCCGGCCUGACUCAAAGACCCAGGUGACCGUUCAGUACCGCCAAGACCGUGGCGCCAUGUUGCCGGUGCGUGUCCACACCAUUGUGGUCUCUGUGCAGCAUGAUGAGCACAUCUGCUUGGACGAGAUGCGUGACGCUCUCAAGGAGAAGAUUGUCAAGGCUGUGGUGCCCUGCAUUUACCUGGAUGAUGACACCAUUUACCACAUGCAGCCCAGCGGGCGCUUCGUCAUCGGAGGCCCACAGGGUGACGCUGGCCUGACGGGCCGUAAGAUCAUUGUUGAUACUUAUGGAGGCUGGGGUGCCCAUGGUGGAGGAGCCUUCUCAGGGAAGGACUACACUAAGGUGGACCGCUCUGCUGCCUAUGCUGCCCGCUGGGUGGCCAAGUCUCUGGUGAAGGCUGAGCUGUGCAAGCGGGUCCUUGUCCAGGUUGCCUAUGCCAUCGGAGUAGCCCAUCCCCUCUCAAUCUCCAUAUUCCACUACGGCACAUCUCAGAAGAGUGAGCGGGAGCUACUGGACAUCGUCAAGAGGAACUUUGACCUUCGUCCUGGUGUCAUUGUCAGGUAAAGUGUACCCCUUUGAAGUUGUGUGCCUCUCUGAAUCUGCCCCUUCAGUCACUCGCCUUUAACUCACGCUUUCUGUUCUGCCUGAGCUGUCAGCUGGUGUUCAGAUGGUUGUAACCCUUUUUAAUAUGAUAUAUUAAUAUGAUUCGCUACUGUGAUUAAUGACACCCAGUAGCUACUAACACGUAAGAAAGCAGCAAUCUGGGCUUGUGAUCAGUUUGCCAAACCUGAUAUUCCAACCCUACCCAAACAGUCUUGCUUUAAAUGCCAGUGAAGUAUAGUAUGUAAUGCCAAAGGUUAAAGCUUUGAGAGCUACAGUUGAGGUUGUCAGAUGGCAUGUUAAAUACCCAGCACGAUGAAGGGUUUCCUGCUCACAUCCAACUGGAAGGUCAUUGGUUUCUCAGACCUUGUUAAAGUUCAAUGACAUUUCAUAAAUGGGAUCAGUGCGCUUUCAAUCUCCAAGCUCCAGUCCCCACACUGCUCAAGGAUGAGUUGGUUAGCAGGGUAAGUGAUGCUUUAUCCCUUCCUCCCCCUCUUUACUAGCUGGCCUAAUGAACCUUUCUGAUUGUUUCUUUCCAUGGCUCUCGACACUCCCUAUUGGUUGAUUUUUAGCAUUAUGGCUGAGAAUUGAUGUUGAUCUCAGGUCAUUUCCUGUGAUGGGCUGCUAAAUUAGUUGAUUGUGUAUUCCAGGGAGCUGGAGCUGAAGAAGCCUAUGUAUCAGAGGACCGCUGCCUACGGCCACUUUGGCCGGGACUCCUUCCCAUGGGAGAUGCCCAAAAAGCUAAAAUACUAAACUUGUGAAGCCUUUUCCCCCCAGGCCUGUUGGUGUAUACUACAGAGAAGCUUACACGGUCUUGGGGGUGAAAGGCCCUUAACUCUCUUCCCUGUUAAUGGGGUAUUAGAACCCUACCCCCUUUCUACUUCCUCUCUCCAGUCAUCUGUACCGUAUUUUUGCUGUUAGUAGUCAAUGUAAUGCUACCAACAUUCUCAAAAUAUUUCAGGAAAGUAAUGUUGAGAGGAUAAUAUGUUAGCUAGCUAAUCUCUUCCACCAGCCGUCUCGCUGUGACUCAUCUGGUUUCACAGCGCAUCAGAAAGGGACUUGAAUGGAGGCUAUGGCAGAUGCAGACAACUUCUGAUUCUAAUUAGCUGAUCUGUCCACCUAGAACACAACACUUAGAACCUCUUUCCCCCCUACAUUGUGGACUUAAGUGUGAACAGUACAAGUGAUUUUUUAUUUUAUUUUUUAUUUUUUUAAAGAAGGGGAAAAAAGAAAUUUAACAAGUAAAUUAGGAAAAUCUGAAAGUACGUAUUAGGGUUUUACGACUACAAUAUUGAAUAUGAUUGACUGCUGUCGUUGAUGGUGAUAUUGUGAUGUGACCGUGGACUAGCCUAUUUAAACUUGACUGGCAUCAUGCUGUAAAGAGCUGGCCAGGCAAGGACAUGCCAAGUGGCCUAUUCCUUUGCUCUAGCCUGCAUAACCUAUUUCAAUAAAUGUAAUAAGCAACUUACUGAAUGCAAGAGCAUAAUUUAGACGGGGCUAAGAUUUUCUUGCUUUGCUACCCAAACUCCUUGCUCCGGCCAAACACUACGCCACAGACAGUUUCUUCCCCGCACAGAGUUUGGAUACCUCACCGAUUUCUAGAAUGCGUUCUAACGGGAAGGUAGCUGGAUUAAAUCCCUGCGCUGGCAAGGUAAAAAUCUGUUCUGCCCCUGAGCAAGGCAGUUAACACACUGUUCCCCGGGCGCGACAACUUGGAUGCCGAUUAAGCCCUGCACCUCUCUGAUUUUGGUUAAAUGCGCAGGAAUCUUCAGUUGUACAACUGACUAGGUAUCCCCCUUUCCUUUAAUUGGUUCCAGAAGCCAAUGGGUUGGUCCAGAGCCAGAACACCUGGGUAACGAAUUGAAUUUGAUAUUCUGAUUUGGUUAGGGAUGAUCUAAUCACUGACUUUGUUUUGUACUACACCCCUAUUUUUUUUAUUUAAUUUUUUGGAAUUUUACCCCCUUUUUCUCCCCAAUUUUGUGGUAUCCAAUUGUUAGUAGUUAAUAUCUUGUCUCAUCGCUACAACUCAUACAUGCUCGGGAGAGACGAAGGUCGAGAGCCAUACGUCCUCCAAAACACAACCCAACCAAGCCGUACUGCUUCUUAACACAGCGCGCAUCCAACCCGGAAGCCAGCCGCACCAAUGUGUCGUAGGGAACACUGCACCUGGCGACCUGGUCAGCGUGCACUGCGCCCUGCCUGCCACAGGAGUCGCUAAUGCGAGAUGAGACAAGGAAAUCCCUGCCAAACCGUCCCUAACCCGGACUACGCUAGGCCAAUUGUGCAUCGCCCCAUGGACCUCCCGGUUGCAGCCGGCUGCGACAGAGCCUGGGCUCGGACCCAGAGUCUCUGAUGGCACAGCUAGCAGUGCCUUAGACCACUGCGCCACCCGGGAGGCCUCAACACUCUAUUUUGAGGUCACCAAAAACCUAACGUUAAUUUGAUAUUUUCUCUAUAUUUCAUAUGAAUUCAGUUUUUAUGCGAGUUGGUUUUCUCCCGCUACUUCAAUGACUUUAUUUAACGGUGCUCAAGGCUCAAGUUUUUUUUUUUUUUUUUUUUUUUUUUUUUGAAUGACCUAAACAUGAUUGGUUUAAGGUAAUGAGGUAGAACAAACGAUAGUAAAAUUAAAUCAGUAGUUUUGAACAUGCCUUAGUUGCGAAGCUUGCCUUUGCAGGCCAUUUUAAUUCGUAUGCUUAUCAAAAGCAUUAAGACUUAGUUAUGAAGCGUAUUUCUCAUAGGCUAUUCUAAUAGUGUUUAAUGUUUUAAAAUUGCAGCUUUUAAAUGGGAACAAUUGAUCAAGUCAGUCUAUAGAUUCUCUAUCCACCUUGGGGCGACAGGUAGCCUAGUGGUUAGAGCGUUAGGCCUGUAACCGGAUGUUGCUAGAUUGAAUCCCAGAGCUGACCAGGUAAAAAAAUCUGUCAUUCUGCCCCUGAACAAAGCAGUUAACCCACUAUUCCUAGGCUGUCAUUGUAAAUAAGAAUUUGUUCAUAACUGACUUGCCUAGUUAAAUAAAUAAAUCACAGCUUUAUUUUGAUCUAAUACAGCUGUAGCAGUCUCGCUCCCUUUACUGCCUCGAUUUCUAAGCUACACCCCAUUCAAGUCCCACUUUGUUGUACAGUGUUACUAGGCUCUUUAUGCGGUUAGCCAAGACUUCCUCUUCCAUUGAGGUCUUUCACACCACAACGCUUAGCCCCUGCCCAGCAUGACUGAGGAACUGUAAAAUCUGUCAUUUGGUUAUUCGGGCUUAGCUGUCCCUCUACUUAACUUUGGAAUAUUUUGCUUCUGUUAAGUCUGACUUACCAAGGCUACAUGUUGCGAUCAUAUUAAUUUACUGGUGCUACUGAAUGAAGGCCCCCUGCCCCUUAAUCGUUUCCCUUUGACACUACUUUCUGGUUUUGUUACCCACCCCAAAUCCUUUUUGAAGCUUUAUUUCACUCCCUUUAUCAUUUGUUGAGGAUUCAAGAAUGGAACUGUUGAGGGUCAGUAGUUGUUGCUAUUUUCAAAGAAAUGCUAUGCGUUGCAGGCUGAGAACCGAGACAAUCUUGAUUUAUUUUCAAGUAACUUUCUUGAAUAUACGCAGUAAAAUCUGGGAUGCCCCUGCAGAUGUCUGUGCUGUUCUGAUGUAAUACAGAAAAGUCAGAAGCUGCUAUGUCACUGCUAUGGCCUGUAGGGGUGUUGUUUAUACUUGAUUGUUUAAAACAUGUUGUCAUUGGCAUGUCAUGUUAAACUCCUUCAAAAGGUAGUUUAAUUUCAUAUUUUUUGUUUUUUUUACAAAAUGGUUUGUCAAGGCUCUUCCUUGGGUAUUGAUGGCAGGUGUAGCUACAGAGAAACCACCGUCUUUAUCCUGAAGGAAGGCUGUCUUUGCCACAAUGAAGAGCUCUUAAUACUGGCACAACACGUUUUUUAAAAAUAUUUAUUUGUUCUCCGAAUCUUGGUGUGGAUACAGAGAAGCCAAUGAUUCAGAAGGCAGCUUAAACCCCAGAGGGUUUUUAUUUUUUAUCUCACAUUGACUUUACUGAAUGCUGUAACAUUUUCAAUGGUUCCAAAGUGUCCUACAGAAAAGCUUUGGUCUGCCUCCACGGAACUGUCACUGGCUGAUGUGAUGAGUAUUUUGGACUGCGGUUGUAUGGGGUGAGAUUGUAUUGACUAUACAUGUGUGGUCAAUACAAUGAAGCCAUUCUUAGCCCCCCCUUAUCCUUGCAUAAAGAGAUUGCAACGUUUGGCUGGUGUGGUACAGAGAAACCAGCCUCGUUUACAAGCUGUCACUUGUUUGUAUGGAUAGGGUUUCCCUCGGUGCUUUUAAAUAUUUUGACACUGGCUAGUCUUCUGGCUACUGAGUGUAAGAGUGCCUCCCCCUUGUACUUUCUCCCCUCCUGCUCUUCAUCAACAGGUCCGACAUCCUGAGGAACAGGUAUCUUGUCUCAAUGCUUCUGUCUUCAGAGGUUAGAUACUGAUUUCUCAUGUCAAAGAUCUGCAAUAAAUGUCUGCUUUCCUUCAUGAA